CCUGGUCCAUUAAUCUUCUAUAUAUAAAGUAUUCCACAUUCUAUUAAUGCCUCAAAGCUCCAAGGAAAGAAGAUACAUAAUCUUUACUAUAUUCAUAUCCUCUCUUCUUCUUUUUUCCCUUCUCUCAACUAUUAUUUGAUAUUCUAUGAAGAAUAGCAAGAACGUUUCAAAACGUGAAGAGUAUCAACGGGUAUUUAGUUGCUUUGACAAGAGCCAACAAGGGAAUGUUUCUGUUUCCACCAUCGAACGAUGUGUCGAUGCUAUUAAGUCCGGGGAAAAGGUCGUACCUGAAGAAGAGACAACGGAUACACAUACUCAUAAAUCCUUGGAACUCGAGGAGUUUGUGAAGCUGGUGGAAGAAGGAGACGAGGAAGACAAGGAGAAUGACUUGAAGCAAGCUUUCAAGAUGUAUGAAGAGAGUGAAGGCAUCACCCCUAAAAGUUUAAAGAGGAUGCUUAGUUUGUUGGGGGAGUCCAAAAGCCUUGAAGAAUGCGAGGUUAUGAUUUCGCAAUUUGAUAUUAAUAGGGAUGGAAUUAUUAACUUUGAUGAGUUUAGGGUUAUGAUGCAAUAAUAUGUAGGGAUAUAUUUAUAUACAGUUUUAUAAACGGACUAGCCACCUUUCUUUCUU